GUUUUUUGUUGUGGUGAGCUGUUAUAACAUGGCGUUAUAGUUGACAAAGCAAUGAAAGCUUUUAAAAUUUUAUAAAAUUCCUGUGAAAUCUACCUUUAUCAUCCGAUGACAAUGUUCACGUUACCGAAUUUCUGUCGUGUGUGCCUCAAAUAUGACAAGAACUUGAUAGAUUUGGCUCACAUCGAGAACGAACCAAACGAAACUUUGAUGAGCAAACUGCAACACACCGUAUCGGAAGUGGAAUGGGCGGCAUUUAAGCCUCUGCUGUGUCAUCCAUGUAUAAAAAGGCUGAAUAUUGCGUAUGGAUUCAAAAAACAGUGUGUGCAGUCGGCGGCUGUUUUGAAAAACUAUGUCGAACUUGUUAAGGAAUCUCAAAGGAAAAACGAAUCUCCGAACCUUCAAGCUGGAAAAUCUGAUGGUCUACAGUCACCUGGAGGUACAUACAUGCUCCUUCCAAACCAGAAGUAUGUAAAAAUUAUGGUUGGUGGUCAAAAUCAACUUACAAACAAUUCUUUUCAAAACGUCUUUUUGAACCUCAUACCCACAGCAGCAUUGAAUAAUCCUGUACCUCCUCUAGUGCCCCAAACUGAUCCUGGCAAGGAUACCAAUCAGAAUGUGUUUUUGAGUUUGAACAACACUUUUCAAAAAUUCAUCCCAGGCCUUGUUCCAACACAAACUUCAAUACAACCUUUGUUAGAACCUAAGCAAAAAAGUUCCAGUGUGAAUGAAAUUCUCUCAGUUGGUAAGAGCGAAGAGGUAAGUGUUGAAGUUGACCCUUCAAUAUUUGGACUUGCUGAAGAGGCAGAUGAUAGGACAGAAGAUGAUGUUAAUGACUAUGAUGAAGUGAUUUCACAAGCUAAAAUAACAUUGAAAGACUUUAAUGUUAAUGGUGAAAGCAUCCAGAAUGGUAAUGACCAAAAAUAUGUUCCUAUUCUUCCAAAGUCCCAAGAUGAUUUCUUCACUUCAGGGCAGCAUUUCUUAUUUAGCAGCUCAUCAGAAAAUGGUGGAGCAAAUGGUAUUUACCCAUGUGAACAGUGCCAGAAAUCAUUUCCAACCAAAAAGACCUUGAAACAUCAUUUUAAUCAGUUCCAUCUAGGAAAGUUGCCUUUCAAAUGUGAAAUCUGUUACUCAGAAUUUCUCACUCGACCUGAGUACGAUGCUUGUAUACAAGCACAUAGAGAUGAUAAUGAUAUGGUCAACCAGUCGAUCACAUUACAAGACUUAGAGACUAAUUACCAACCCAGCUUGACUUUAGCUGAUGUUGAGGCCAAUGUACAGAUGACAGAAAAUGGUGAAUAUGUUUGUGAUGUUUGUAGGAGAAUCUUCAACAGCCCUACAGGUCUAUUGAGGCAUAAAGUACGAAAGCAUGGAAGGCCAAAAACAAGGAAAAAGUAUUUUAUUAAAGGUAUGAAGAAUGCAAGAUGUGAUAUUUGCAAUAGGGACUUCUCUACGCAAUCAUAUAUGCAGUUACACAGAAAACUGCAUGAGAGGGAUGAUAUUGGGUAUAAAUAUAAAGUUUUUGGUAAAAGUAGAUAUAAAAGUGAAGAGAGAUAUGAGAAAGAAGAGGAUGAAAACUCAAAACAAGAACAGAAACAGGAUGGGAAAAGAGAAGGAAGUUAUGAUGGGGUGAAAAAGGAGAAAACGGAUGAUGAGAGGAGCAUUGAUGGUGUUAGAAAUGAAAAAAUGGAGGUAGAAGAAGAGGAAGAUGAAGAAAAUUCAGAUGAAGAAAAUUCUAAUCAAGGUGAUAAUAAUUCAAAUCAUGAUGAUAGUUCCACAAACUCAAAGGAUUUGUAAAUAUAUUGGCGGUAUUAGAUACUAAUAAUAGAUGUAUCAUAUCCUAGUAGAGUUGUUGAAGUAUCUUGCAUUCAGUAAUCUAGCUUUAACUGCUCCAUCAUUUCUCCAAUUUGUGAGAAAUGUUUAAUUUCCUGAGAAAAAACUGUCAACUUGCAAUAUUUUACACACAGAAUUUUCUUAGUCCUCUGCACAAGUUUUUUUUUGUAGUAUAUCCAAACCUUUAUUUCCACACACAGACGCGUCGGAACGAAAAUUUUCAUGGCUGGGCUCACUAUAAAAACAGUUUAGAUAAAAGACUGUAAAAUGGACAUAAGCUUUGUUUUGUAUUAUUCAUCACGUAUCACAUGUUUACACUUUACCAAGUACAAGUUUUCUUUCAUCAAACACACUUUUUCUCUCUAGUUCUAGAUCUCUAGUUAAUUUUUGAUGGGUAUGAAUGCAUGAUUUGAGUCAGAUGAUUUUGUGUCACAGUACAUUGAAGAUCGGUCUUCAAUUGUUGCAAAGCACUGAAAGAGCAUUCUGCUGAAGCAUCAAUCUUACAAAUAGGUGUAGAAAAAAUUUUGAUAGAUGGACUUAAGCCCCUAAGCACCCAGUCCACACGGCUAUGACGCGCCUGUCCAUACAACACAUAUUAUUUGAAAAAAAAAAUUUCAGGCUCUUGUAUUUGAUAUGCCCGAAUUUUUCUGUUUGUAUCUCAAAAAUAAAUGAGUUACAUUACAACAUAAGAUGUAUGUAUGUAUAUUUAGGAAUAUCCUAGAGCAUUAAAGUACCCUAGAAUGUGUAAGAUUAACUUUUUAUAAAACAUAUAUUUUUUUUAUUGCAAUGUGUUAUUGACAAUCACUGAAUGGAAGAUAUGCCUGCUAAAUUAUUUACCAAAAAGAAAACCUAAUUGAAUCAUUCUAAUAAUGAAGAAAAAUAUGUGGCAAUAUUUUUUCUACCCUAUCUCUGUUAUCAGUUCAAAAAUAGUUGUAGGACUGUGAAAAAUCAUAUAUGGUUAAUAUUAGUUUAUAUUUUACUAUUGGAAAGUUGAUUGACAGUAUUUGAAACCACACUUAUUAAAAUCUUACUAAGUAGCUUUAUGUUGUACUAUUUUUGGUAUACAUUCAACCAAUUUUUCGAAGCUUUAUGCUACAUGGAAUUUGAUGAGAACUGAUAGAGUAAUAAAAAACAUAUACACCUAGAUUUAGUUAUUAUCUUUUCUUGAAUGGUACAAAUAUAUCAAUUCUACUCGAAUACAUGUAUAUUUUGUUAUGAAAAACUUUGAAUACACUACAUUGAUAAGACUUGACACAUUAAUGCCAGUAUUUCAUCUUGCAAAGAAGAGAAUUGAUCAUUUUUUACCAAAAGCUAAUUUUUAUAUCAAGUGCCAUUAUAGUGUCAUCUGUCAUAAUCAUCAAUUAGGAUAAGUGUUAUUUUUUAUCUUGACUAGUCCCUUUUGGAAAGACAUUCCAUAUUUUUUUUUAAAUAUAUAGUGAGCAGCUAAGCUUUUUGAAAAUUAUACUGAAUCAGUGUAAAUAUAGAGCACUAGAGUUAAACUCAUUCUGUUAGACAUCAUGCAGAUUAUUCUAAAAUAUAACAAAGUAUUAUUGGAAAAUAAGUUAUGGUGGUUAGAAGUAUUAAAAAUAUUUCACUGGUUAAAACUUAUAUGGAAGGGAACUGUGUAACAUUUCAAUAUUCUCUAUCUUGACCAAGGUAUGAAACACAAUACCUCAGGUUUGAAUGGUAUAUUGAUUUUUCAAUUCAUGAGAUCUAGUGCAAAAACUAAAAACAAAUUUACUAAAAUAAAAAUUUCUCAUAUUAUGAGACAUCUUAUUGUUUAUUAACCGUAAUUUUGAAAAUUUGGUCAAAUAGAGAUGACCAAAAGUUAUAUAAAAUUGGUGUACCAGUCAAGAGAAGAUAUUCUGAAGGACUUGGCACAUGGCCAUAUAUGGACUGUUUAUUUUUAUAUAAGUAAUAUUAGAAAUUUAGCUGUUCCAGUAUCACAUUAUUGUUUUUAGGUAAUGGCUACUGAUAUGUGAUCUACAUCCUUUUCAUAUUUUAUAUUAAAUAUAUUUUUAUGUCCUUUAUAUAGUUCGGUUAUAUUCAUCUUUAUUGAACAACCACAUUAUUUUCACUACUUUAUAGUUAUAAUUUUAUCAUUCUAUGUAAGAUAUCACAUAGUUUUAAAGUUUUUUAUGAAUCAAUGUGUAUAUUGUUCUAUGCUUUUUUAUUAUUUUUUAAAUACAGUAUAUUCAGGAAGAGCAGGAAUGGUAAGUUCCCUUUUUCAUAAAAUUGCAAACAAAGCACAUGACAUUAUUGCAAGUGUUUCUUUUAUAUUAUAUGUAUAGUAUAUAAAUAAAUAUUAUAUGCUGAUUUUGUUUU